AUGAAUACUCACAUUUCUCGACUUUCCAACUCGAGUGUGAACCGGCGUAACCGCGAGUCUGGGAAUAAUUCUGCUGGCCAGGUUGUAGCCAAUCGCUGCUCUCCUCCGGCACGACAAUCACGGCCCGUUAACUCCAAUGGAACAUUCUCCCAGUUUUCACACAAGACCCAUUUGUCCGAAGUACCAAGACGACCGUCCGCUGCACAUGACUGUUCGUGA